GCACUGCAGACUCCCGAAGGCAAGGAGUGCAGGGCUAAAUUGGCUGUGGCAAUGGCUAAGAUCUUUUUACUGUCGUUUGAAGUGAUCAUGUUUUUCUUCGCCGUCAAUGCUGUCUUUGAGGAUCAAGUCGGGAAAUUCGACUGGAGACAGCAAUAUAUUGGGAAUGUCCGCUUCGCCCAGUUUGAUGCCCACCUGCAGUCAUCCAAAAAAGUGAUUCUAGCAACCGAGAAGAAUGUUUUUGCUGCAGUGAACACCAGGACUGGAGAACUUUUUUGGCGACAUGUGGAUAAGACUGGGCCAGAGGGAAGUAUCAAUGCGCUUCUCCAUCAUGGGCAAGAUGCUGUGCUGGUGGUAGGAAAUGGCCGAAUACUUCGUUCCUGGGAUAUAAAUGUUGGUGGUUUGAAUUGGGAGAUGGUGCUGGACUCUGGCAGUUUCCAGGCAGCAAUUUUAGUUGGGCAGCAGGGAACAGUGAAGCAUGUGGCGGUUAUGAAAAAAACUGCCUUGUCUCUUCAUUACCUUUCUAAUGGUCACCAAAAGUGGAUUGAAAAUCUUCCAGACAGUGAGACAGUGGAUUACCAGUUUGUAUAUUCUGGAGGAACUGGAGAAGUGUAUGUUCUGGGAGUCCUGCCUCAUUCCCACAUUGCUAUUGUCACUUACAGUGUGGAGGAUGGAGAGAUAGUCAAGCAGGUUUCAGCCGAAGCGCCUUGGCUGUCAAACAUUCAAGUCAGCUGUGCAAUGGUCGGCAAGGGAAUAUUGACGUGUGUCAACCCUGCCUCUGCCUCUCUCUACACACUGGAUGUUCAUACACAGGCGCAGAUGACUCAAAUACCGCUACAGUCACUGGGACUUGACGUUACACCAGACUUCCAACCAGUGCUGGUGUCCACCCAGCCCAAUCCUUCCCGGCCUCCCCUCUCUGAGUUCUUCCUUCAGCUCAGUCCUGACCAUUACCUGCUGCUCCAGCUCAACAAUGGACAGAUAAUCACACUGAGAGAUUUCAAGCCUGCAACGCUGGCUUCAUUUUCCACCACUGGAGAUAAAACCGUCGCUGCAGUUAUGUCACCGAAGAAUAAUACGGCUUGCAACAUUAACUUGUUCAGUGCUGAAACUGGGCGCAGACUUCUUGACACAACCGUGAAUGUUAAUAUUGAGCCGAAUAGUGGCAAACCAGAGAAGCUGUACGUUCAGACGUUCCUAAAGAAGGACGACUCUGUUGGCUAUAGAGUCAUGGUGCAGACUGAAGACCACAAGCUCAGUUUCAUUCAACAGCCAGGGCGUGUCAUGUGGACCAGAGAAGAGUCCCUUUCGGACGUGGUGACUAUGGAAAUGGUAGAUCUGCCCCUCACAGGAACGCAGGCGGAACUGGAGGGAGAGUUUGGCAAAAAGGCCGAUGGCUUGAUGUCCAUGGUGCUGAAGCGGCUGUCCUCCCAGCUCAUCCUGCUCCAGGCUUGGAUCGCUCACCUCUGGAAGCUCUUCUAUGAUGCGCGCAAACCUCGCAGUCAAGUCAAAAAUGACAUGAGCAUCGAGACGCUGUCCAGAGACGAAUUCAACUUGCAGAAAAUGAUGGUCAUGGUCACUGCGUCUGGCAAGCUCUUCGGCAUUGACAGCAAGACAGGCACUAUUUUAUGGAGGCAUUACCUUGAGAACGUCCCAUCCAAUGCAGCCUUCAAACUCAUGGUGCAACGGACCACUGCUCACUUCCCUCACCCCCCACAGUGCACACUACUUAUCAAAGACAAGGACUCCGGCUUGACCACACUCCAUGUAUUUAACCCCAUCUUUGGGAAGAAGAGCCACGUUGCACCACCAGCCCUUGCUCAGCCGAUACUUCAGUCACUCAUGCUUCCGCUCAUGGACCAGGAUUACGCCAAAGUCUUACUACUUGUAGACAACCAGUACAAGGUGACAGCCUUCCCUUCCACUAAAAAUGUCUUACAACAGCUUCAGGAAAUGGCAUCUUCUAUAUUCUUCUACCUGGUGGACUCAAGCCAGGGGAGACUGUCUGGAUACCGGCUGCGAACGGAUUUGUCCACGGAGCUAAUCUGGGAAGUGGUCGUCCCCACAGAAGUACAGAAAAUUGUCUCGGUCAAAGGGAAAAGGCCAAACGAGCACGUACACUCCCAGGGCCGAGUCAUGGGAGAUCGCAGUGUCCUUUAUAAGUAUCUGAACCCUAAUCUACUGGCGGUGGUGAGCGAGAGCACUGACUCCCACCAAGAGCGAAGCUUUAUCGGCAUCUUGCUGAUCGACGGCGUGACCGGUCGUAUCAUCCACGAAGCGGUUCAGAGGAAGGCCAGAGGCCCGGUCCACGUUGUCCACUCUGAAAACUGGGUGGUGUACGAAUACUGGAGCACCAAGUCUCGUAGGAAUGAGUUUUCGGUGAUUGAACUGUAUGAAGGGACGGAGUUGUACAACAGCACCGUGUUCAGCUCUCUGGAUCGGCCGCACGCCCCUCAAGUUUUGCAGCAGUCUUAUAUUUUCCCUUCAUCCAUCUCCACCUUGGAAGCCACGCUGACCGAGAAGGGCAUCACCAGCCGCCACCUGCUCAUUGGUCUGCCGUCAGGUGGCAUUUUAUCACUGCCCAAAAUGUUCCUUGACCCCCGAAGGCCUGAAAUAAUAUCCGAGCAGAGCCGGGAAGAGAAUCUGAUCCCAUACGCUCCAGAGUUAAUCAUCCGCACGGAGUGGUUCGUCAACUACAAUCAAACGGUAUCAAGAGUGCGAGGAAUUUACACUGCCCCCUCUGGACUGGAGUCCACAUGUCUGGUAGUGGCGUAUGGUCUUGACAUCUACCAGACGCGCGUCUAUCCCUCCAAACAAUUCGACGUGCUAAAAGACGACUAUGACUACAUGCUAAUCAGCAGUGUGCUCUUUGCUCUCUUCUUCGCCACUAUGAUAAGCAAGCGAUUGGCUGAAGUUAAGCUGCUCAACCGGGCAUGGCGGUAAAGCUGUUACUGGCCUUGUGACAGCCCGGAUGCCACAUGUUGGAUCUCAGCCCAAGGCAACAACAUGGAGGACAAAAAAAAAGGCCCUGAAGAACUGCAAGUGUGAAGGAGGGUAGAGUUUUGGGAUGAAAAGUAAAAGAUUAAUCAAGGUCUUAUGUGCAUUUUUUUUUUUUUUUUAACUUAUUUGCUGGCAAAGAAAGAAGUCCUAGUUAAGUAAUUUGCAUCUGUGCCAUGUUUGGAUUAAACAUACUUGAAUUUAUUAACCUUCCUUCUGCAAAUAUGAGUUGUAAGUGGAUGACGAGACUCCACCUGAAGCAGCGAACCAGGUGAUGCAUACAUUCCUAAUGUAUGCGGACCACUUGAGUCAGUAGAACAUAUUUUUGAUGUUCUAUUUAAAAAUAAAUCUCACAAGGUGUCUUGAUGUCAUGUUUGUAGAAAAAGUCUUACACACAAUUUCAAUUAAUAAGUUAUUUAUAAAUAGUUGAUUUGUUUUACAAUGAUUACAACCUCAUAACGUAGUGUUCACUGCGGUUGAGGCGGACAAAUAAUCACCUAGUUGAGAAUCGUCAGUGUAACAGAGGUUGUAAACACAGCACUGAUCCUCCCAAGAGGACAUGUAACAUCAAGUCCAAUGUCAUACAACACUUUAAGUAUUGUACUGUGUUUUAAACAAAUUAAGUUUAUACAUGCACAAGAUGUUUGACAUUUUGUUGAGAAAAAUAAAAACAUUACAGCAUUUAA